GGCUCCUCCCGGCAGCGCAGCCGCCGCCCCGCCCCGCCCGGCCCGCGCAGGCCGCCGCCGCCAUGGCCGCGCUGCACGCCAAGGCCGGCGGCCCCCCGCAGAUCCCCGACACCCGCCGGGAGCUGGCCGAGCUGGUGAAGCGCAAGCAGGAGCUGGCGGAGACGCUGGCCAACCUGGAGCGGCAGAUCUACGCCUUCGAGGGCAGCUACCUGGAGGACACGCAGAUGUACGGGAACAUCAUCCGCGGCUGGGACCGCUACCUCACCAACCAGAAGAACUCCAACAGCAAAAACGACCGGAGGAACCGCAAGUUCAAGGAGGCCGAGCGGCUCUUCAGCAAGUCCUCGGUCACCUCGGCAGCGGCGGUCAGUGCAUUAGCUGGAGUUCAGGACCAGCUCAUUGAGAAGCGGGAGCCAGGCAGUGGCACAGAGAGUGACACUUCUCCAGACUUCCACAAUCAGGAGAAUGAGCCCAGCCAGGAGGACGCUGAAGAGCUGGAUGGGUCUGUGCAGGGGGUGAAACCCCAGAAAGCGGCUUCCUCUACUUCUUCUGGGAGCCACCACAGCAGCCACAAAAAACGGAAGAACAAAAAUCGACACAGUUGUACGCGUCCUGUAGCGCCCCUCGGGACCCCGUUGUAUCCAGGAGGGGAAGCGCGUUGACGGAGCUGCAGCAGCAGUCGGCACAGGGUGCUGGCUCCAGCUCUGGUAGCGCUGUGAUUUCCACCUGGCCUUUUCGACUCUCUGGCUCUCCAGGGGAAUAAAGCCAGCGUCCUGCCAGUAGAGGAGGAUUGCAGUCCUGGCCUCCUGGGCUGGCUUCUUGGUUUCUGCAGAACCAAGUAAGAUAGGAAUGUCAGUACUUGCUUUGGGAAAGAAGGGUGAAAAAGCGAAUGGGAAUGUCGGGGGGGGUUGCGGACACUCCUCACGAAGAUUCCCACUCCCCGAGCCUUUCAGUUUUCAGUGUCCCAAACUGAGUCUCUUUUGCUCGUGGCAUGGAAGACUUGCUUCGUCACGUUCACCUCAAAGUGUUUGAUAUUAAACUGACCUAAAAUUGCUGUGAAACGAAGCUUUCCUGAACUCUUUCUGGUUGAAUUUAGAUGACCGGUUCUGCCCCUUCAGGUGUGUCCCCGAGGUGUGGUGCAGCACGGGGGGCUGGCGGCUCGGAAAUCCGGGAUAAACUCCCAGCCUCGCCGUGCUGCUCUCCACGGGCCACCUAAUGCUGCUGCGUAGCCAUGGCUCGUGGCCCUCCGCAGAGCUGGCCCCUACAGGGUGUGGUGGUGCGCGGUGGAGUCAGGCCCUACGCAGAAAGGACCGUGGAAAUCCAUGCUUUUGGAAAGGGGAGACAUUUACUGCAGAACUGCACCUCUCUGGGAAUGAUUGCUGGAACUGGUACUGAAAGAUUAUUAUAAGUAAAAGGAGCUUUUAAAAAAAUCCAGUGUUCCUGCCAGCUUUGAGCUUGUUGGCUUUGUGUACGGAUGGGCUUUCCUCUUUGAGGGACCUUCUCGUACGAUUAGGAAAGAGAAAUGUUUUAAGGAACAGUGGUUAAAAAUCUACAAAGAUUGCUGGGGAGAGGCUGGUUUGGGAGAUGCAGAGGUAGGUAUAGUGCUUGAAAAAUGCCUAACUCCUUUUUCUCCUUCAUUAGGUGUUGAGUCGUUAGCGUGUCUUUAAUUCUUAGAUCAGAAUUCCCUUCCUCCAGCAGUCUUAAUUGGGCAAACAUUCGAAAGUACUGGAUGGCCCAGAUGGGAGCUGGGAAUCCAAAGCAGUUCAAAACUCUUGGGUUUUUUGCCUGUAGACAAUUGGAAAGAAGUUCAGGAAUAACACAAGACACUACGUCUGUAACGAGUUCAGAGAAACAGUCUGUAAAGCUGAAAUACAGCUUAAGAAAAUUGCUAUUUCAAGCAAACGAUAAAGUAUUCCAGCCAACACGUGCGUGGGCGGCAAACCAACGCGCUGCAGCCGCAGCGGGGUGCCGUGCAGGUGCUGUAAAUAAUGCCAAUUCUUUUGCUCCGUUGCAUAACCCGAACUUUAGCGCCAGGAGUUAGGAAGAAACUGCCCCACUGCCAGGUUGUGGCUUUGGGGUUUCUGCUGCAUUCCCUCCGCUGAAGCAGCUGGUGCUGGCCGCUGUCGGGGACAGACUAUUGGACAUGAGGAGCCCUGCUCUGAUCCGGUAUGGCGAUUCUUCUCCUCUAAGAGAUUCGGCAGGCACAGCUACAGUACGGAAAGGCCUUUGCAGUUAGUAAUUCACUGUUUUGUAAUGCUUAGCAUGGCCAGAUAAGUAAUUAAAAGAAGAUGAUAAUUAAGUUUGUCUGUAAUAAAAACGCUCUUAAAGUUGUGAUUGCUGUUACUGACUAUCCCCUAAAUUCUGGCAGAAAAGACCAAGCAAUUUUCAAGUAUAUCUAGGUUAAAAAAACCCGAACAACAAAACAGUCCCGGCCUACCAAAAGUAGAACUUAAGUGCUUUAAGCGUUUUAAACGUACUGCAGCCCAGAGUGCUCUUUAGGAAGGGACCUGCCUGUCUGUUUCUUGGGUGUCAUGGAAAAAAAAAAAAAAAAAAAGAAAAGAAAUAACUGGCAUUUCUUUUUGAUCAGAAGCUCUUCCGUUUGCCAGUGUUAUGUUUGGGUUCUGCUCACCCUGACAGCGCGCUGGCUCCCCCGGAUUUUCUCCUUCGUGCCCACCGAGAGCGGUGCGGAAAGUUGGAUUCAGACUGGGCAGAACUGGUGCGAAUGGGCAGGUUAACUGCAGACAGUUAAGAGCAGGGAAUCAGAUGGAAGUUACAGUGUCGUUAUCGCAGUCAUCCUCUGUUCCCUCUGAGACCACAGGAAGGCGAAGAUGAUUAUUUUCUGUGUGCUCAGCAGUUUUCACGGCUAAAAAGUCUUUCAGGAGAAAACAACGCUGUUUCCUCUUAGAAAUUCAGCGCUGAAAAGCUGCUGAGUUACAGCUGAUUCGAUGAUUCGUCCUUUCCGCCAAAUCCCGGUGUUAGCUUUGGGGCAGGACUGCUUCUAGAGCCGGUGCCACCGUGUGAAUGCCGAGACGAGGGUGGAAUGUCACCAGACUCUUCCUUAGCGCUGGCCCGGUGACCGUGUUCUCCGUGCGGCUCUUGGAAAGGCAGGGGGUGCGAGGGGCCGCGUGUGUGCGUGUGCUUCGGGAGAAUACCCCAAUGCAAAGUUGGCCGCUGAGCGCCGUCCCGCGCUGCUGCCCGAGCUUCGCUUUGCCGCAGUAACCGGAGCCACCGCUCUCACCGCCCGCUCUCCGGUUUCACGAGCAAAUCCGUUCUCCUCUCCGCCUGCGAGCCAGCCUGCGCUCCCAGUCGCCCAUAGCUGCCUUGUUCAGCACCUAAAAUUCCCUCAGAAAACCGCUGUGCCUCUCUUCUAACACCUCUUUUUCCCAGAAAUCCGAUUGGGGAGGGGGACUCUGGAUUGCCAAGUCUGGAGUGCUAUUUGUGCCCGAUUCUGGUUACGAUAUCUUAAGAACUUUAUGGCAUUUGAACACUGGCUUUAUUAUUUAUUUUAUUUCGUUUUAUUUUUUUUUUUAGUAAUCUCGCUAGGGUGGCUAAUCAACUAAUUUAUUUAAUUCAUUAGUAUAUUAAUUUCUAUUGCUUUCUUCCUUUCAAAUGCUGCC